CAAUGGACUUCUUUGCCGACACCCAGCUGUCACAAAGUGAGCCUCACAGCCACAACCUACAUUGCUUAUGGUCUCUAUCAUGUGCCACUUGCAGCUUUACAGCAUGAUCAACGGUCUUUGUCUCCCCACGUGUUGCUCUAAGGUUCGUCAGAUUUACUGACUCAUUUUUUCACUGUGUGCCGCUUGCGAUCAGAGCCUACAGUUCGGGUCGGGUCCACGUCCCAGUCCGACACUUUCCUUGUUACCAAACACAAAAUUGAAAUGGAAUUUGAAAGAUCACAAAAACUUAAAACCUAAGGUCGUGUUUGGAAACUAUCUUUGAAACAAUCACAAAUUGCUUUUAAACUGUUUUUUUGGGUACGAUUGCUCGGAGAAUUAGAAUUAAAAAAUUAUUUUUCAAAAAGAAAAAAGUAUGUUCUUGGUAAGGAACUAACGCGGCCUUACUAUCGUAUACCUCCCGCUCACAUUAGCAUUUCCGCUCUGCUCCAUUUGGAUUUCGGACUCGACACCGCUCUCUCAAAUAUAGUUAACCCGCAACAGAUUCAAAUCCGUCCUCUUCUCCACUUCUCACCCUGCUUUUGUUCUUCCUGAGCUUUGAAAUCCCCAUAAACACCCCCGGAAAACCCGAAAUUGCCACAUCUGUAUUCUCCUCCAUUUACUCUCCGAAACACAGUCGUUUUGACUCACUCCACACGCUACUCAGCCAUGGACGGAGGCGCAAACUACAAUCCCCGCACUGUUGAAGAGGUUUUCAGAGAUUUCAAAGGCCGCAGAGCUGGCAUGAUCAAAGCCCUAACUACAGAUGUGGACGAAUUUUAUCAGCAGUGUGAUCCCGAGAAGGAGAAUCUGUGCCUUUAUGGAUUUCCAAAUGAACUAUGGGAAGUCAAUUUACCUGCAGAAGAGGUGCCUCCAGAACUCCCAGAGCCUGCACUAGGGAUCAACUUUGCAAGAGAUGGAAUGCAAGAAAAAGACUGGUUAUCUUUAGUUGCUGUCCAUAGUGAUGCAUGGUUGCUUGCUGUUGCCUUCUAUUUUGGUGCCAGAUUUGGAUUUGAUAAAGCUGACAGGAAGCGGCUCUUUAAUAUGAUAAAUGAUCUCCCAACCAUAUUUGAAGUUGUGACUGGUACUGCAAAGAAGCAAGUAAAGGAGAAAUCAUCAGUGUCCAAUCACAGCAGCAACAAAUCCAAAUCAAACUCUAAAGUGGUGCCACAGCAGCAACAGCCGCAGCAGCGGGGAUCUGAAUCUCAGGGAAAGUAUUCUAAGACACCACAGAAGGAUGAAGAUGAGGGCUUGGAAGAGGAAGAGGAAGACGAGCACGGCGAGACAUUGUGUGGAGCAUGUGGCGAGAACUACGCAUCAGAUGAGUUCUGGAUUUGCUGCGACAUCUGUGAGAAGUGGUUCCAUGGCAAAUGUGUGAAGAUCACCCCAGCUAGGGCUGAGCAUAUCAAGCAGUACAAGUGCCCAUCAUGCAGCAACAAGAGAUCUCGCCCCUGAUAUAUAAAACUAAUGAUUAUAUGGUGUUUCCACCGUCGUACUCUUCUCAGUGGAUCAUCUUUAACUGCCUUGCCAGUCAGGUUCCUUCUUUCCUUCCUUGGUGCUGUAUUUAGCGAGACUUGUGAAUUGAAUUGCUACUUUAGUUUCGGGGAUCUCAGUUGAUAUAAUACUAUUUAUUUGUAGUUUGGUGAAAA